ACCCUACGGCACAUUUCUCGACACGCGAGCCCCCAUAACCAGGCCCUCGUACACGAUGAGACGAUUCAUUGCGAAUCCAUUGAGCCUUCGAGUGCAAUUGCUGCCUCGGGUAGUCCUUGCGAAUACGCGCCGGCCAUCCACCGACCUCGACCACCAAUCCAUCGCUGUCGCUCAAGGCCUCUAUACAAUCUCACCCCUUACCCCCGGCUCAGUCUUCUUCCUCCCCCAUGGCACACGGAUAUUCAACAAACUGCUGGCUUUCAUGCGGAAGCAGUAUUCACUGUAUGGGUAUGAAGAGGUAAUCAGUCCAAUUAUCUACAAGAAGACCUUGUGGGAGCAGAGUGGGCAUUGGGAGAAUUAUGCUGAGGAUAUGUUCUCCGUCACUGGACGUGGGGCAGAGGGUGAAGCAGCAAAGGCAAAGCAGGAGGGAAGGUAUCUCGAGGAUGAGGAGUAUGGACUCAAACCGAUGAACUGCCCAGGUCAUUGUCUGAUAUAUGCAUCUGACGACCGCUCCUACCGCGACCUCCCAAUCCGCUACGCAGAUUUCUCACCGCUGCACCGGAAUGAGGCAUCAGGUGCUCUACAAGGCUUGACCCGUGUUCGCCGUUUCCAUCAGGAUGAUGCACACAUCUUCUGUACACCUGCGCAAAUCACAUCUGAGAUUGCGGAUACGUUGAGGUUUGUUCAUGCGGUGUUUACGGUGUUUCAACUGCCAAGUUACGAGUUGUUCUUGUCAACAAGGCCAGAGAAGUACAUUGGAGAACUGGCAGAAUGGGAACAGGCUGAGGGGGCGCUGAAGGAGGCACUCAACACCACUGGGAGGGAAUGGGCAGUUAAGGAGGGUGAUGGAGCAUUCUAUGGGCCAAAGAUUGAUAUUGUGCUCAAAGACGCAGCCGGGAGACGACAUCAAACUGCAACCAUCCAACUCGACUUCCAGCUUCCUCAUCGCUUCAACUUGAAAUACAGAGAUGCUGGUGGAGAGAUCCAGGCACCCGUCAUUGUACAUCGAGCAAUCUUGGGAAGUGUGGAGAGGACGAUGGCAAUAUUGAUGGAGCAUACAGCGGGGAAGUGGCCGUUCUGGUUGAGCCCGAGACAGGCGACGGUGGUGCCAGCUACGACUGCGCCGGAGGUCAUUGCGUAUGCUGAAGCUGUUCAGAGACGUUUGUCGGGUGUUACGAAUACACUCACGACUGCGACUGAACCGCCAAUCCCAAUUUUGGAGAUGGCUACACGGACGUUCUUCGUGGAUGUGGAUGCAUCAGAAGGCAAGACGUUGGGUAAGCGGGUGCGGGAAGCACAGAAGAGGAGGGUGAACUUUACAUUGGUUGUGGGACAGAAGGAGAUGGAAAAUGGCUCUGUUGCUGUAAGAUCAAGGGAUGGGAAACAGUUGGGAGAGAAGACUGUAGAGGAGGUGUAUCAGAUGUUCUUGGAGUUGGAGAAGACGUAUCAGUAGACGUACGGUGGGGUGGGAUACAUGUAAGAUUUUAUUGUGGGGUGU